AUGGUGUUUAGCUCAUUAUUGGCUCAUCUGCCUCCAGCACAUUUUACAGCUUUGACCACUGGAGGCUCCCAGCAGCUUAUGCGUCACUUCAUCUCUCAGUCUCCGAUCAUGGCGGAGCCACAGCCACAGGGUGAAGUGGAGCCUCAACUUCUUAAUGGGGACGACUUGAACGAGGAGAGGGAAGACGUGGACGCUUCAGAAUCAGUCAGGAGGAAGAGAAGAAAGAAGAAGCGGAACAAGACCCCGGCGGCAGCAGUGUGUGACUUUGCAGCAGGGACAAAUGAGGCUGAAGGGGACGGAGCGCAGGCCAGAGGUGUUGGCGAUGUGACUAAACAGCUGGAGCUGCAAACACUUGAAGAGAAGGAGAGGACGGAGGAUGCAGAUGAAGAUGGGGACGAGGGAGAGAACUCGGCUGGGAAAAAGAAGAGGAAGAAGAAGAAGAAGAAGGGCCUGAAGGGACAAACUGACCCUCCCUCAGUCCCGAUUUGUGAGCUCUAUCCCAACGGAGACUUUCCAAAGGGAGAAGAGUGCGAGUAUCCCCCAUCAAAAGACGGGUGUGUGACCUCCACUCUUCUAUUCUGCCUAGUUCCUAUGCGCAGUGCAGCGUGGCGGGUCAGCAGCGAGGAGAAGCGGGCGCUGGACAGGGCUAAUGAGGAGAUGUGGAGUGAUUUCAGGCAGGCGGCCGAGGCUCACCGGCAGGUCCGCUCCUACGUCAGGAGCUGGAUCCAACCCGGGAUGACAAUGAUUGACAUCUGUGAAAGACUGGAGGACUGCUCCAGGAAGCUCAUCAAGGAAAACGGGCUCAGGGCAGGCUUGGCCUUCCCCACCGGCUGCUCCAUCAACCACUGUGCUGCCCACUACACUCCAAACGCAGGAGACCCCACCAUGCUGCGCCACGACGACGUCUGCAAAAUUGACUUUGGAACACACAUCAACGGUCGAAUAAUAGAUUGUGCCUUCACCGUCACUUUUAAUCCAAAGUUUGACAGGCUGUUGGAGGCUGUGAGAGAUGCAACCAACACUGGCAUCAGGUUUGCUGGAAUUGACGUGCGCCUGUGCGAUGUUGGCGAGACAAUUCAGGAGGUCAUGGAAUCUUACGAAGUGGAGAUAGAUGGGAAAACGUAUCAAGUGAAGCCAAUCAGGAAUCUCAAUGGCCACUCAAUUGGACAGUACAGGAUACACUCAGGGAAGACGGUCCCUAUUGUGAAAGGUGGAGAGGCCACCAGGAUGGAGGAAGGUGAAGCUUACGCCAUCGAGACAUUUGGCAGCACCGGGAGAGGCGCGGUCCACGACGACAUGGAGUGCUCACAUUACAUGAAGAACUUCAAUGUUGGACAUGUGCCCAUAAGGCUUCCGAGAGCUAAACAUCUGCUGAACGUGAUCAACGAGAACUUUGGCACGUUGGCGUUCUGCCGCCGCUGGCUGGACCGCCUGGGCGAGAGCAAGUACCUGAUGGCGCUGAAGAACCUGUGUGACCUCGGCAUCAUAGACCCGUACCCGCCUCUCUGCGACAUCAAGGGCAGCUACACCGCCCAGUACGAGCACACCAUCCUACUCAGGCCAACCUACAAGGAGGUGGUGAGCCGCGGAGACGAUUACUGAGCACGCGCCAAAAGGAAUUUGGGGCAAAUCAGGUGGCAUGACAGCUCAAUGACAACAAAACUCGUCAAGCUGACAGCGAUUAUGCAACUUCUUUCUCUGACCGAAAUUUCCACCGCUCGAGUACCUUUUAGCAGAAACAGAUGACUUCUGUCACAGCUUACCAGUAAUCAUUUAUUUAUGUUUUCUCCGAAGGGUCACUUCAGGAGGAAAUGGAUAUAUCUUCAAGAAAUGUAGUGUUGUCAGUUUAGUUAUACUUUAACGGGCUGCUUUUAGGGAAUAUUAAAGACAUAUAUGCAAAAAAUUAAUUAGUAGUAAUAAUGAUGCAAAAAGUUGAGGGGAACACCUGUCUUCCACAUGCUAUGCUUUAAUGCCAUUUUAAGAGGAAAUUGCCUGCUAUGAAAUAUUUAUAUUUCUAUGUUGUGUUGCUUUAUUUUAAUUUCGAGUCAGUUUUAUAAGAAAUAAAUUGUUAUAAAUCUUGACUUGAGUGUUGUGUUCCUAUGUAUAUGCUGUAGCGUGUGAAGCCCUUGAAAGUGCAAAAGUCCUCCCAAUAGUCAUUAUUUACUGAUGAAAAUGGUCCAG